AUGUCCUACCCUCAAGACCGCCGGCGCCGGGUAGCUCCAGCCGGAUUGGGCUUCAGCUCGACGGGCAGGCGAACGCUCAUGGGGUACUGGGUGCCACUAGCCAUUACGGUUGGAGUCGCGACAAUCAGUAUAGCUGCUUGGAUAUGGAGUGAACGCGACGAGGAUGAUGAUGAAGGUGAAUACGGCCGCGCUUUCCCCGAUGAUUACCCGCCUCCUCCAGGUCCAGAUAUGCCGCCUGGCGCAGAGGGCGCAGACUUUGCGAGAUCGACUGGUCCCGAUGUACGCCAGGAUGAUAGUACCGUUAUGGGUCGCAUGCAAGGCGCGCUACGCAGAACACCUAGUCCCCAGCAGAUCUUGGAUGGUGCAAGCAGGCGGGUUGCGGCCGGAAUGGCCGCCGCGGGUGCUAUGGUUGGAGGCGCGUUGAGCUCUAUUCGAGAGGAGCGCGGCGACUUCGAGGACCACUCGCGCUGGUCAGAAGAAGCGGAUUCAAGAGCUAGAGGUGCAGCUGAAACCGGUCUUCGAACGGCGCCUUCAUCCAACAAGAAGAGGACUGUGGCUCUUGUCGUUUCGGCUGACCCGUUGUCCGGAGAGAGUGAUGAUAUUUCAUUGACCGAACACGCGUCUAUUCUCUCCCAUCUACCAACCCACGUCAACCCUGAUGUCGCUCGAGUCUUUGUUCUGAUCUAUGCUCCGGGCCUUAAACACGCUAUUGGACAACAGACAUCCACGCGACCUACCCCAUCAGUUGAUUCUUCGUAUUCCAACAUCGCCCAUGAAGAGGCUGCUGGUGCUGGCGAAUUGUCUGGUAAUGACUUAACACCUCUUGAACCACAAGCAACCGAGGAUAUUGAAGCGACGAGCCCGAUGUUCAAGACCCUGUACACCCAAGCUCAAGCGAUCGUGGAUAAAGAUACUAUGAUCAUGCCAUAUAGCACCACCAAUGGCUAUCUGCACCUUUUGCGUCACCUAUCCCCGGAUAUCGUUUACAUCCAGCAGUCACUGUCAGGCAACGAAGGCGAGACCGUGAAACAGCUAUCCAACUGGGUCAGACAUGUCGUAGUCGUCGUCGGUGAUGAGGGCGGCCGUGGCGGCCUGGUCGACAGCGAGGACGAAUCCGCACUUGGCGGAGAGCACCGUGAAAAGUGGUGGCAGAAGGAAGGUGUCACCGGUAUUGGCAAACACAUUGAUGUUGUCGACAGCUUGAAGAUUGGCGACGACUGGAGACGUCGAGUCUCGGGACAUGACUAA